GGUGCGCUCGUGCCCGUGCUUGGCGCUGGGGCGGGGGCGCGCCGGUGCGCGCGCAGGCAGGAGGGAAGCCAGCCGGAGCAGCCGUUGUCGGGUUCGACUGGAGGGGCGGUGAAGUCACCUGCGAGCGGCUGCGCCCGCCGCGUCCGGAUCGCGCCGGCCCCGCGGGGCCCCACGCACCCUGCGAGGCUGGGGUCGGGGAGCAGGCAGAGUCGGCGCCCGGAGUCGGCGACGAGGAGGAGUCGCACCCUCGGUGCCGCCGCCGCCCGCGCCGGGCCGGGUUAUUAGCAAAAGAUGGUAGAUCGCCUGGCAAACAGUGAAGCAAAUACUAGACGCAUAAGCAUUGUGGAGAACUGUUUUGGAGCAGCUGGCCAGCCCUUGACCAUCCCUGGGCGUGUGCUCAUCGGAGAAGGAGUAUUGACUAAGCUGUGCAGAAAGAAGCCGAAGGCAAGGCAGUUUUUCUUAUUUAAUGAUAUUCUUGUAUACGGCAACAUUGUUAUCCAGAAGAAAAAAUACAACAAACAACAUAUUAUUCCCUUGGAAAAUGUCACCAUUGAUUCCAUCAAAGAUGAAGGGGAAUUACGGAAUGGUUGGCUUAUUAAGACACCGACUAAGUCGUUUGCAGUUUAUGCUGCCACUGCCACGGAGAAGUCAGAGUGGAUGAAUCACAUAAAUAAGUGUGUCACUGAUUUACUCUCCAAAAGCGGGAAGACGCCUAGCAGCGAGCAUGCGGCGGUCUGGGUCCCUGACUCUGAGGCCACUGUGUGCAUGCGCUGUCAGAAAGCAAAGUUCACGCCUGUGAAUCGGCGGCACCAUUGCCGCAAGUGUGGCUUUGUUGUGUGUGGCCCCUGCUCUGAAAAGAGAUUCCUUCUUCCCAGCCAGUCUUCCAAGCCCGUGCGGAUUUGUGACUUCUGCUAUGACCUGCUCUCCACUGGGGACAUGGCCGCGUGUCAGCCGACUAGAUCAGACUCUUACAGUCAGUCGUUGAAGUCGCCUUUAAAUGACGCAUCUGAUGACGACGACGAUGAUGAUAGCAGUGACUAAGGACAUGCUGUGAAAUAUUUAAUUGACUGCCUGAGAAUCAGCUUUGGGGAACGUGGAAAAUUCCAGACUCUCUCGGUUUUGCUCUAGCCAUGACUGCCUGAGAAGGCCUUAGCCUCUGUGCCUCUCUGUAUCCUACAGAAAGCAGACCCGCGCUGUCUGCCCCUCUCUGCACUCUCACAGGGACAAAUGUUGCAAACAUAUCCCAUAGGAUCUUGGCUUCCUGCUCUCCUUAUUUCUAGAUUAUUUUCUUGUAACUUGGAAAAGAUGUUUAUUUAACAGAUCUUGUAUUACAUUCUCCCCUGAUAUGGAAAAACUAAAAGCACAGAAUGAUGGGACAAGAAUGUGGUGUGAUUGACAUCUGUGGCUUCCCCACACGUUCUCUGUAAUGGUUAAGACACCAGUGACAGACCAUGGUUUGGAAACUCUAUUCUCUUUUCUCAAUACCAAGUGGUGCCUUACUUACUGUGGCAGCAUUGUCACUGUCACUGAAAUAAACGCAAGCCCUACCUUCUCCUUUGAUUGAUUUAAACACUGGUGCUCUCAGGUGGAGAAUGAGUGUUUGAUGGGUAUAGGUAAGAAUAUUUGUUUGACAGCUAUGAGGAGCUAAAUUUAGAGCUGUCCACCCUUACUUAUAUGAAUACUUAUUUUUCAUAAAAUAGUUGUGAUUAUAUUUUUACAUCUUUUAGGCACCAAAUUAUAAUGGUCACAUGUGUUUAAAACUAGCCAGUUGCCACUGUUGGGAAUUCAAUUUGAAAUUCAUCACUAGUAUAGAAGUGGCCUAUUCCACUAGCUUCUACUUUCCUAAGAUAUUUUUACAAAUUACUUUAUUUGCUUUACAUUAUUUCUAAAAGGAAAAAUCUGAGGAAAUCUUUAUAUUUUCCAACAGGGUUUCUCUGUGUCGCUUUGCUUGUCCUGGAACUUGAUUUGUUGACUGGGCUGGUCUUGAAUUCUCAGAAAUUCACCUGCCUUUGCCUCACCAGGCACCACUACCACCUGGCAAACACAAAAGGUUUAAGAAAGUCCUCCCACUAGAACAUGGAGUCUUAUAGAUCUGGAAGAGAUCAGAGUUCGACUAGAUUUCCUGUCCAUAAGCAUUGUCAAUUUUUUUGUGUGUGUGAAAUUGUUGUAUUUUACAGAGUUUAUGAAGCCCCAGACAAUUUUUAUUUUUGUGAAACAAUUAUAUGUUUAAUCAGUUUCUGAAAUCAUUUUGCAAUAUAUGGAAAUAGUGUAGCAGUUGAUCUUUCUAAACUGUGACCAUCGGUUGAGACUGCUGAGAACUGGGAGUUAUUCUUUUUAUGCUGGGAGGCAGCCGUUAGGCUGUAGGCCCCUCCCUGCAUAGCCCUGGACGUGCUGUGCACACCCUGGCCGCUGCAUGCUGCAGGAGCUAUGUUCUCAAAUGCGGGGAAACCUGCAGCCUGAAAGGUCUGGGGUUUUCUUUUUCAGAGUUCUUUUCAAACCCUGCCCACCUUUUCAAAUUUUAAAACCUUCAUAAUUCUACAGAUGUCCUGGGGUUUUUUGAUUCAGGAACUUGUGAAUGGAAGAGUCAUCGGUAUUUCACUGUGUAGUUACAGUACUAAUUUUACUUUUCGGUUCAGUUUUGAAGUGUAUGAGCUAUAUAGGUUUCCCUGUAGGAAAUGUGAAAAAAAGCACAAUAGAACAUGGCUGGGGGGUUGUUCCUGCUUUUUUUUUUGUUUGUUUGUUUGUUUGUUUGGUUUUACUCUCAGAUGGAUUUAUGUUUGUUUCAAAGCAACAUCAUGUACAUGCAGUCAGUAAGCAUGUUCGAAAGGACCAUAAAAACCAGAGAAAUGCUGAUGGAAACUUGGAAGUUCAGGAAACAAGGGGAAGUGUCCUGAGAUAACAUUUGCAUUUUCGACCUCUGUUGACUGUUUUUACAAUAAAAAUAUUUUGCAGCUUA